GGGGGAUUUCAGUGAAACUUUAUAGGAUUAUUUGUCAUCAUACCUAGUUGUGUUUUUUAUUUAUUAUCAAAAUUGUAUGAUACAAUUAUUUUUUAUAGACAUGCUGAUCAAAAUGCAGUUUUGCUGAUUGGGAAAGACUGUAGGCAGAUGAAAGAUAACUACAGGGGAAGAACGAAGAAGUUGUGGAAAGGAAAACAACACGAUAAACAGUUAAGAAAAUCAUUUAAUGAAGAAAGGACAUAUUUUUUAUACAGUAUCUAAUAUGAUGGAAUUUUAAAACAUGAACAAUGAAUGGACAUUACCUAAAAUGUGAAAUGACAAAAUGGAGAUGAGGAGUUCAAAAUAUAUUCAUGUCAUAAAUAUGCUUACAGUGAGGGAAGUUUUAGCUAUUCAAAAUAAAGAUUAGGAAAAAAAAAAAUUGAUAGUUACUUUGCAGAAAUUAGAAAGGAGUAUUUUGUAGGAUGUAAAUGAAAAUUUAUAUAAUUUUAUUCAAGACAAUAUAGUGAAAGUGGGAAAUGCAGUCUGGUUUAUAACAUUAUUCUCUGACUUGUGACAAGUACUUUGGUGUUAAAAAUAGUCUGAAAUGACAGUAAUGAAAAAUCAUCAUGUGAUUUAAAUGACCAGAAUAAUAAAUAAUUAAGCAAUACUGUGGUGUAUGUUAUAGUUCCUUAAAGAAGUGACAUACAAGAAUCCAGUGUGGACAAUUUACAGUUUCUGUUAUAGCACAUUCAGCCAGUCUGAAGCACAUAUUUGGUUACAUACUGGAGUUCAAUUAAUUCAAUGGCACCAUAUUCAUAAUUUGAAGUGACACAUGAAGAAACUUUCUUGAACAAAAACUUUCUAUGUAAUGAAUGCACUGGCACAUUCUUCCAUAUUUAGCAACACACAAGGGAGCAUCUUUGGGAGAGAUUUUCAAAUGUAUUGAAUGUACUGGCACAGUCUUCCAUAUUGACACAGGUGGUGACAUCUUGGAAUAAACUUUCGAAAUGGAAUAUCUGUGAUGUCAAUUACAAUUGUUACUAGUGUAUAGCAAAUCUGAAACAACACAUUUAUGAGAAAACAUACUGAAGUAAAGUAUUUGAAAUAUGUCUGCCUUGACAAGUUUAGGAAAUCUUAAGAAAUACAGGAGUAAACAUACUGAAAGUAAAUGUGAUUAUGUGAUGGCACAUUCAACUGUAUGAGUCAACUGAAGCAACACAUAAGUAAACAUACUGGUGAAAAACCUUUUAAAUGCAAUAUCUGUGAGGGCACUUUCAGCCAUAUGUUGACUCUGAAGCGACACAUGAGGAUACAUACUGGAGAGAAACUUUUUCAUUGUAAUAUAUGUGAUGGCACAUUCAGUAAAAUGUUUAAUUUAAAGCAACACAAGAUGAUUCAUACUGGAGAGAAACUAUUUAAAUGUAGUAUGUGUAAUGGCACAUUCACCCGCAUGAGUGGUUUGAAGGAGCACAUGAGGAUACAUACUGGAGAGAAACUUUUUCAUUGUAAUAUAUGUGAUGGCACAUUCAGUAAAAUGUUUAAUUUAAAGCAACACAAGAUGAUUCAUACUGGAGAGAAACUAUUUAAAUGUAGUAUGUGUAAUGGCACAUUCACCCGCAUGAGUGGUUUGAAGGAGCACAUGAGGAUUCAUACUGGAGAGAAACCUUUUAAAUGUAGUAUAUGCGAUGGCACAUUCAUCCGCAUGAGCAACUUGAAGAGACACAUGAGGGUACAUACUGGAGAGAAACCUUUUAAAUGUAAUAUCUGUGAUGGCACAUUCAGCCAUACCUCUGCCAUUAAGCAACACAUGAGGAUACAUACUGGAGAAAAACCAUUCAAAUGUAAUGUAUGCGGUGACACAUUCAGCCAAAUGUCAACUUUAAAUAAUCACAUGAGGAUACAUACUGGAGUGAAACCUUUUAAAUGUAGUGUAUGUAAUGGCACAUUCAGCCGCUUGUGCCAUUUGAAUCGACACAAAAAGAUUCAUACUGGAGAAGAACCUUUUGCAUAUUCACCCGCAUUGGCCAUUUGAAGUAACACAAGAUGAUUCGUUCUGGAGAGAAACUAUUUAAAUG